CUCAAACUGUCAAAACUGAAAUACAAAUUUUGACAAUUUUGGUUCAAAGGGCUGAAUUUUCGGGGCUUUGCACAUUUAAUUUUUGAUGAGUUCAUCAAACGAUUUGUGUGGAAAGAAGCCCCCGUUUAGUGGUAGCGUUUCAAGUUUCAAGAUGCACACAGAGACUCCGUUAAAUAUUUCCGGCCGGCUACAGCCCCAUCAAGACGAGCUUCAGCUCUUAUCUGAAUUGGCCGGUGUCCAUAUGGACGUUAAAGUUUUCAGGAUUUUAGUUGAAUUUUUAAACAUGGGGGUAGCCCCAAAUACGAUUUUCUCAAUCUUGAAGAGUAUCAAACGUUCGCCGACACGACGAUUGUCACAUUCGGCCCGUCAUUGAAUUGUAAAUUUUUCGAAAAGUGUAAUAAAAAUAUUUGUCUGGGGGUGUUUGUUUGGUAGCCACUGGUUGAAAAGGGUGGGGAAUGACGUUUGUGACAGGUGUUAAAAAUGGGGGUUGAAACAACGCAAUUUUGAAUUUUUUUCUGUUUUUUGUUGUGUUUCUAAAUGAAAGUAAACGUUUGCUCAGUUAUUUGUGCUGUGAUUGACAAUUUUGUGUGAAAUUGAGAGAAAAAAUGUCAGUUGAAGAAGAAGUUGAAUUGCGAGACAUGGUGGCUCAAACACUUGAAUUGAACGGUUGUCUCCCCAAAAUACGAGCCCAACUCAGAGCAAAUUUAUUUCUUGCCUUAGACGAAGAUUCUAAAAUAAGUAAACAACAGCCCCUGUUAAACACAAAAAUCAAGUCGCAUUUAGAAGCGCCCGAGGGUCAAUUGAUGUUUUGUCUAGUUAGGGAGUUUCUGGAGUAUUUUAAUCUCGAUUUUACUGCGUCUGUUUACGAACCUGAAUCGUACGUUGGUAGUUUUUAUAAGUACGAAGGGCGUGAGAAAAUCAUCGAAGAUUUGGGUUUGAAACCAACUGAUGAGAGUUUUUCCGGGCCUGUUCUCUUACACUUACUCAAAAUUGCUCAAAUCAAGUCAAAAACUCUCAAAAUCAAUUUGAAUAUUAACAGUGAACAAAACGGACAUGCCUCUGAGACCGAUUCGAUUCUUAGUAAAAAUGAGUUGAAGAAUCCUAAGCUAGAAAAUGCAGCUUUAGAUUCAACAUAUGUGAAAAAAGACGUGGAAAAUGACGAUACGUUCAAUGGUACAAGUUCCAUAGAAGAGGAAAAUGGUUGUGACAAAUCGACGAAUGAAGACAGCACAACGGAUCAAGACAGUAGCCCCAAAUCUGAGGAUAAAUCAAAGAAAAGUGACAAACGUAAACUCGACUUGCCCAUAAACAAAUCGAGGAGUGAUUUAUUGCCCUCAUUGUAUAGCAAAAAGUCGAAAGAGUACGAUUUUGAGAUUAAGGAUGAUUACGAGGAGGAUUUCAUGUCGGGGAGCGAAAUUGAGUUGUCAGGAGGUAAGCCAUUGUUCGACGAGUUGCAACAAGCGAAGAAAAGUGACAAUAAAUCGAGUAAUUCGACCGAUAUUGAAACUAAUUUAAGUGUGGGGACGAAUUCUAGUCUCUAGAUUUGUACUUAUGGCUUCUUGUACUUAAUUUUGAAUAUGUGCCUUAAAUUUGUGAUUAAUAAAGUAGUUGACUACAAAAUGUAUUUACAGAUCAUUAC